GCAAGCCACACUUUUCACAUGUGCCCGUGCCCCAGCCUCAGAUCCGGGGACCAGCGCAGUCGCCGUUCGUUUAUAUGUGCGUCUCCGCCAGAGGACGUCCGGCGAUUUGCUGCCUCUGCUCCUCCUCCUCCACACAACCCAUCCAGCAACAUGGCGACCGUUGACUUUACUGGCGACUGGCAGCUCAACCGCAGCAAGUCCGAUGACAACUCGGUCAUCCUCGAGGCCCAGGAGGUCCCCUACCUCCUGCGUCUGGCCGCAUCCAAGUUCUCGCCAAAAAUCAACCUCGUCCAGGAGGGCCUGAGCAUCACUGAGAACAUUCCUUUGCCCAUCGGCGGCUUCAAGACCCGCGUCAUCGUCUGCGAUGGCGAGGAGCGCGAAAUCAAGAGCGACCAGGGCCUCGCCUUCCUGACGGUCGCAAAGUUCACCGAGGACGGCAAGCUUAGCAUCGUCAACCGCAACGAGGCCAAGGGAGUCGUCAUCUCGGCCACCUGGGAGAUCCAGGGCACCGAGCAGAUCAAGAUCAUCCACGUCAAGACCCCCAAGGUCGACAAGGUCGUCAGGCUGUACUUUGACCGGGCCUGAUUUCCUCUGUUGCGAUCCUUAUGGGUGCCCUCACCCCGCAGCCCGCUCCUCAUGGCCAUAUCCCAGGGCUUACCGCCAACCCCAAAGAAAGGCGCCAUAGUAAAAUAAACGCGGGCUUCCAAAGCUCAUCUGCCUCUGGUGUUCCUCCUGC